GCCAAGUGGUAUACCGAAAAACGACAGUCUUCUACGUUUACCGGGGAAUAGUUGAACAAUGUCAGAGGAAUCAAAUAGUUUUCUUCCUGAUAUCAAGGUUGAUGAGAGGUAUUGUGAAUCUACUUCAAAUUCCCAACAAUCUGAAAUUACAAAUGAAACAUCGAGAAAUGUUCUUCCCGAAAAAUGUGAGGUUUGCGGAAACCCUGCUGUCGGUUAUCACUAUGAUGUAGCAACUUGCAAUGGCUGCAAAGCAUUUUUCAGACGAACAGUGAUAACUGGAAGACGCGUAAUUUGCAGAAGAAGGAAAAAUUGUUUGGUAGAAAUGGAACCUAAAAACCGCAGAAUCUGCCCCGGAUGUAGAUUUUCAAAAUGUGAAGAAGUCGGAAUGAAUCCUCGCGCAAUUCGAGCAGAAAUUUCAUCAGGCGGCAAAAUUCUCAAAGACGAACUUAUUGCGAAAAGAGAACCACGAUCUAAAAUUAUGUUAUCUCCGAAAUCGAAAGAAAAUGAAGUGAGCAGAUUGAUUUCUGAUUUGAAUCUGAUUGAGAAUCAAAUCGAUGAACUUUUUAAUUCAAGUUUGCCAAUAAAUUAUGGAGAUUGGAGAACACUUUCAGAAAUAAUUCAGAUGAAGCCAUACUUAAAAGUUUCAAAAAUUCCAAAUUUGAAAUUGAUACGAAAUCAAAUGAAUGCUGAACUAGCUGGAUAUGCACAUAACGGUAGUCUUGCUAUGGUUGAAUAUGCAAAAAUGCUCGAUUUCUUUCCAAAAAUAUCAAAAGAGACUGCCAUAAAAUUGGUUAAGCAUGGAUUAUUCAUGUGUGGAUCACUAUCGUUCAGUCGUAGAUCAAUUCAAAAGUACAACUCCGAUAUCUUACGUUUUACUGAUGGCUCUGUGGCAGGAAAACCAAAAACUAAUUGGAAUGGAGUAAUGUUGGAUCAUAGAAGAAUAGCCCAGAAAACAUUACAUUCAAUUCUUCGUGUGAAAUUGGAUUAUGUAGAGUAUUUAUUUCUCAAAGCGAUUACGAUGUGUAAUCCAGCUGUCUCCGAUUUUCCUGCUGAAGAUCAGAAAAUAAUCGAUAAACACAGAUUUAAUUAUGCACAAAGCCUUCUCAAUUAUUGUUUGAAACAACAUGGACAGAUUCACGGUGCUGAUCGAUUUGCAUCAAUACUAUCAAUUAUGUCAAUUAUGGAAGUGCAGCAAAAAGAAGAGAAAAGUUGUUUUUUCGUUUUCCGUUCAAUUUAUUCUGAAUUUGAUGUUUUUGUCAGUCCUUUAUUCGAUGAAAUUUCUAAUUAUUAAAAUAAUUUUUCUAUUAAAUUGUUUUUGUUGAACUUUCAUUUUUAUACCAAAUGCAACUUGUGUUUAGUUGUACAUUUAUUGAAUAUUUGUUCGUUGGCUUUUGAAGGACAUUAAAUAGAAAAUAAAAGCUUGUGAUUAAAUCACUGAGAAA